AUGUGGAUGAAUAAAUUUCUCAUAUUUCUCCUGAUCACUGUCGUCACAUCCGAUUCGUUGUCGUCAUUACAAUGUCUCGAUCGUGGUUUUUCAUCCGACAAUUUACUUUGCUCGAACUGUCAUGAUUUGAAACAAUUCCAUUUGAAUGAAUUAGAAAAUACAUGUAAACAAUGCUGUGUUCAAACAGAUAACGACGAUGAGCCUCGAAUUAAAUAUCAUCGAGCUGUUCUGACUGUUUGCACGUGUAAAUUCGGACGAUAUCCUCAAAUCGAAGCAUUCGUACGCAGCGAUCGUCCAAAACGUUUUCCUACAUUCAGCUUUAAACAUGUACCUGGUGCUGAACCGGUUCUUCAUUUAUACAACGCUAAAGACGAGAAAAUUCAAUCACUGGGCAUUGAAAAAUGGGACACUGACACAAUAGUAGCUUUUCUCGAAGAAAAUUUAGAUGUUUAG